AUGGUAACGGCCAAACUUAAGGUAAUGAAUAGCAAUAAAUCACCUAUCGACUGUCGUGCGUUGUUAGAUACGUGUUCGACCACUAAUUUUAUAACCGAGAGUUUGGCUACGUCACUUGGACUUCCCAAAAGACAUUUUUCGGCAUCGGUUGGGGCUCUGAAUGCAAUCACUACCACGACCAAACAUAUCAUUACUGCCACUAUACGUUCGCGCAUCAAUAACGAGGAACGAACAAUCACAUUUUUAACGGUUCCCAGUAUUUCAACUAUGGUGCCAGGUCAGCCACUUGAUAGAAAUAAAAUAAAAAUUCCCGUAAAUUUGAAACUCGCCGAUCCAAAUUUUCACCAACCAGCUCCAAUCGACAUGCUAAUUGGAACCGGGACUACUCUUUCAUUUCUGGGAUCCGCAAAAAGGCGAAUUUCUACCGAAGGUCAAGACGAUUUAUUCCUUCUGCAAACCGCUCUUGGCUGGGUCAUAGGAGGGGGAGCUCCUACAUCUUCACCCCCCCGUUAUCGUUCUUGUCAUCUCAACAAUACAGACUCUCUGGAAUUCGACUUGUCAAAAUUUUGGGAAAUUGAAAACACCACGGAAAAGACCCACUUCAAUGAAGUAGAAGCUACGUGCGAGAAACUUUUCAAAGAUUCCGUGACCAGGGAUACGACAGGACGGUACAUCGUAGCUUUACCCUUCAACGAUAACAUCUCUCGACUCGGAACGUCAAGAUCUCGUGCCUAUAAUCGAUUUAAAUCGUGCGAGAAAAGGUUCUUUCGGGACGCCGACCUUGCUAGACAAUAUAAAGCCGUCAUUCAGGAAUAUAUCGAUCUCGGACAUAUGACGGAAAUCAAUACUUCUAAUCUAUCCGAUCAUGGAUACUAUUUACCGCAUCAUGCAGUAUUUAAGCGGGACAGUCUCACAACAAAAUUGCGCGUUGUAUUCGACGGAUCCGCGACAACCAGCACCGGGGUUUCUUUGAAUGACGCUCUCUACGUGGGCCCCACCAUUCAAGACGACAUUUUUUCACUGCUGUCAAGAUUUCGUCUACAUCAAUUCGUUCUGACGGGCGAUAUCGAGAAAAUGUAUCGACAGGUUCUUGUGCGUCCAGAAGAUCGAAAAUACCAGCGAAUUCUGUGGCGCGAUGAUGACGGCCCCGUGAGAACGUAUGAGCUCAACACGGUAACCUUCGGACUAUCGGCAGCACCCUACCUCGCAAUCAGAUGUCUUCAUCAGUUAGCAGAUGACGAACAACAUCUGUACCCUACUGGAGCUGCCAUCCUGAAAAGAGAUCUAUACGUUGAUGAUCUUCUCACAGGAGCACAAACUCUUCAAGAAGCUCUCACUAUUCGAAGUGAACUUGAGAGUUUAAUGAAACGGGGCGGUUUUAAUCUUCGACAGUGGGCAUCGAACGACCCCACACUACUUCACGGUGUCGCCUCCGAGGACAUCAACAAACGCCUACAACUGGGGGAUUCGACAACGCUGAAGACCUUAGGAAUUGCUUGGGAUUCAGCUGUAGAUAAAAUCAGAUAUUUCGUAAAACCUUCAAAUAUCGGUCAAACCACCAAACGAGUAGUUUUAUCAGAAACCGCCAAAUUAUUCGAUCCAUUGAGCCUCCUAUCUCCCGUCAUCAUUGUUGCUAAGGCAUUCAUCCAAAAACUGUGGACUUCGAAGGUAGAUUGGGACGCUACCUUACCACCAGAUUUACAGAAGGAGUGGCUUCAACUGUACCAGCAGUUACCAGUACUGGAGCAAGUUACAUUCCCACGGGGAGUACUGAUACCAGGCGCUACGAAUGUCCAACUUCAUGGUUUUUGUGACGCGAGCAAAAUGGCUUAUGGAGCCUGCCUAUACCUGCGCUCUGUCGACGCCCAUGGGAAUACUCGGGUGAAUUUACUUUGUUCAAAAUCGCGUGUGGCCCCACUGAAAGAGCAAACCAUACCUCGGCUUGAGCUGUGUGGAGCUCAACUAUUGACAUCGCUCAUGAUAAAUGCCAGAGCUGCCAUCAACUACCCCAUCGAUGAAACAUUUUAUUGGACGGACUCUACAGUGGUUUUGCAUUGGCUAAACACACAUCCGCACAAACUUCAAGUAUUUGUCAGCAACAGAGUGGCAGAGAUUCAACAAAAAACCAAUAUUCAGAAUUGGAGACAUGUGAGAACCCACGACAAUCCGGCUGACCUUGUAUCACGUGGGCAAACACCGUCUGAAUUCAUCAAACCAUCCCUUUGGCUUUGCGGUCCAUCAUGGCUCCAAGAAAACAAGAGUGGAUGGCCUAAACUGCACCUGGAGUACUCAUCACAAGUACCUGAUCUGAGAAAAACACCAACGUCCCUGGAAACCUGCUUAGUUACGACAACUGAUGCCAAGGCCUCGAACAUGUGGUCAUCAUCAAUUAGCAAAUUGCAACGUAUUAUCACCUAUUGCUUAAGGUUCAAGACUCGUCGCAGAGGUCCAUUGAACCUUGAUGAACUUGAAGCUGCUCUUCAGGCUCUUGUACAUUGGGUACAACUUGAAAACUUUGCAGCAGUCAUUAAAGAACUCCGACAUCCUCACCAUGGUGAACAUAAACCUGCUGCAUUAUCUAAAUUGGUCAAAUUAUCUCCAUUUCUAGAUAAGGAUGGCCUUUUGCGAGUGGGAGGUCGUUUGACUAAUGCUCAUAUUCCGUACUCUCAGCGUCACCCCCUCAUCCUUCCAUGCAAACAUCCAGUAACCGAUCACAUUAUCAGAAACGAGCAUAUACUACCAUUGCAUGCUGGCGCUCAAGCGACACUCUACGCAGUUCGUCGCCGGUUUUGGAUAUUAAAUGGCCGUCAUUCAGUUCAACGUAUCGUUCGUUCCUGUGUCAAAUGCAUCAGACACAAACCGCCACUAGUAGAUUAUAUCAUGGGUAAUCUACCUGAGGCUAGAGUAACAGAAUCCCGCCCAUUCACUAACGUCGGGAUUGACUACUGCGGCCCCUUCUUCAUAAAGGAAAGGAAAGUACGCAACAGAGGUCGUAUAAAGGUUUACGUGUCGGUCUUCGUAUGCCUCGCCAUUAAGGCAGUCCACUUAGAGAUCGUGAGUGACCUCACCACUGAAGGGUUUCUGGCGGCCUUACGACGGUUCAUCGCUCGACGGGGAGUCUGCAGCAACAUUUACUCAGACAAUGGCACAAAUUUCAUCGGUGCCAAUAGUGAGCUGAAGGAGAUCCACGAGUUUCUGAAGAAUGAGGACCAUCAGCAAAAAAUUCUUCAUUUUGCAACGUCGAAGGAAAUCCGAUGGCACUUCAUCCCAGCGCAGUCUCCAAACUUCGGUGGUCUUUGGGAAGCAGCGGUCAAAUCCUUCAAACAUCACCUGAGGAGGAUUGUGACCAAUGAGUUGCUGACUUUUGAAGAAUUCAAUACACUAACUAUCGAGAUUGAAGCCGUGCUAAACUCACGACCUCUCACUCCUCUUUCAACGGAUCCAAAUGAUCCAAUAGCAUUGACUCCUGGCCACUUCUUGAUUGGUGACUCUCUGACAAAUCUCAGAGGUCCUGACUUUCGGGAGACUCCUAGCAAUAGACUCUCAACUUGGCAACACAUCCAGAAGUUGAAGCAGGACUUCUGGACUCGCUGGCAUCGAGAGUACAUUAGCGGGCUCAAUGUCAAAUCCAAAUGGACACAUGGGGAGCACUCAAUCAAGGAGGGUACUCUUGUAAUCAUCAAGGAAAACAACCUACCACCAAUGCAGUGGGCAUUGGGCAGGGUCAUCAAGGCUCACGCUGGUACCGAUGGCAUCAUCCGAACAGUUACGGUGAGAACUGCUAAGGGUAUCUACGACCGCAACGUGAGAAAAUUGGCGCCUCUACCCAACACUGAUGAUCCGACAUGUUGA